UGUGUUAGUACGCCUGCGCGGAUUAACCAGGAAGCGCAAUGCAUUCAGACAUGGCACUUCCCAACAAAUCUAGGAGGAAAGGGAAAAAAGAACAACAAGUUUGACUGCUUCCACCUCCAGUCCUAGCCAUGGUGGGCUGUGAGUCCUGCACCAGCAUGUGCUCCCGCUCGUCGGCCUACACUCUGGCCCUCGGCCUGGGCUUCGUAACUCUGGGGACCAGUCGCAUCCUGUUGCUCAAAUUCUCUGCAAAUUCUGAGAACAAGUACGACUUCCUCCCUGCGUCCGUCAAUCUACUUGCUGAGGCGCUCAAACUGCUCUUCUGCCUGGCUAUGGCAGUCAGGGUCAUAGUCCGAGAGGGACGAUCCCGCAGAGAGCUCGGCAGUUCCUCCAGCGCAUCCUUCCUCAACUCCCUGAAGUGGGCCAUCCCGGCUUUCCUCUACUUCCUAGACAACCUCAUCAUCUUCUACGUGAUGACCUACCUGCAGCCUGCCAGGGCGGUGUUGUUCUCCAACUUUGUCAUCCUGACCACAGCAGUACUCUUCAGGAUUGUUCUGAAGAGGCGCCUGUCCUGGGUUCAGUGGGCAGCAUUGUUUGUCCUCUUCCUGUCCAUUGUUUCCUUGACAACAGGAUCGGGGACCAGCCAAAACUCCAUAGCUGUGCCUGGACUCCACUCCAACCCCCACUCUACCUCCUCCAACUCCUGCCUACUCUACACUCAGCUGCUGGAGCAGAUGAGGAACAGCAGUGCCAGUGCGUCGUGGGUGUCGUCCCUGCCCGGGCAGGCCUGGAGGGACAGUGUAGUGGAGAAGCUUCGGUCUCUUGGUGUGGGUCACAUCCUGCUCCUCGUCCAGUGCUUCAUCUCGGCCAUGGCCAACAUCUACAACGAGAAGAUCCUGAAAGAAGGAGACCAGCUCACGGAGAGCAUCUUCAUCCAGAACAGUAAAUUGUAUGCCUUCGGCAUGGUAUUUAACGGUCUAACCCUCGGGCUCAGCAGCGAGGCUCGGGGCCUCACCGUCCACUGUGGCCUCCUACAUGGACAUAAUGUUUACUCCCUGUGCCUUGUGCUGGUUACUGCUGCCCUGGGUUUAUCUGUGGCCUUCAUCUUGAAAUUCAGAGACAACAUGUUCCACGUGUUGACGGGACAGAUCAACACCGUCCUGGUCACCGCCCUCUCUCUCUUCUUUUUCGACUUCCGCCCUUCGCUGGACUUCUUACUCCAGGCUCCCAUAGUCCUUCUGGCCAUCUUUAUCUACAACGCCAGCCGGCCCAAGGACCUAGAAUACAGCCUGCAGCAGGAAAAACUGCGGGUCAUCAACGGGGAGGUGUUCGAGAGGUCCAGAGGGGUAGGGAGCAAACCGCUUCGCUCAGCUAACCUCCAUGACGGCGAGGAGCUGGAGCUCCUGACAAAGCCCAACACGGACAGUGAAUCCGAGGAGGAGUCUUUGUAGCGCUGACUGACGAGACACAAGGUAUUGUUACCGCUGCUAAACAGGACGGACUCAUGGAGGCAGCACGCUCCCUCACUCCGUCGUAGCAUUUAUUCGAAUGACGUGACUGGCAGUGAUGAUGGGUCCUUUGAUGAACUCUGUCAGACUCUUGGGAUUCCUCCUACUAUUGUGCAUAUUUUGAAAUGUGCCUGUCUGUAUACGAGCGCUGUCAUUUACAGAGAAACAUCAGUAAAAUAUCAAUGAUUGCUAGGGCUGCACGAUAUGAGGAGAAUAUACAAUAACAUGGAAUAUCACGAUAAAUAAUCAGAUAAAGUAUUCUCUUUCAGUAUCCUGCUGACACACAGCAAACUCUUUGUUGUUAAAAAAAAUAAGGAAAUAAUUUCCAACAAAUUGAAGAUUGAAAUGCAUUUUCCUUUUUUAAGAUUAUUUUUGGGGCAUUUUUAGGCCUUUAUUUGACAGAGCAGCUGAAGACGUGAAAGGGGAGAGAGAGAGGGGGAAUGACAUGUAGCAACGAUCGGCAGGUUGGAGUCAAACCUGGGCCCACUGCUUCGAGGAGUGAAGCUCUACGGGCGCCCGCUCUACCAACUGAGCUAUCCGGGCGCCCAGACAGUUACAUUACACAAGGGCAGUUUCUACUUAUAUUUUCUUUCAACUAAUACAAAAAAUCCCCUAAGUGUCUUUUGCGAUAUGUCGCAGCUUUUUGACAUAUGGUUAUUGCGCCAGUUGAUAUUGCAAUGAUAAAACAAACAGAAAAACAAUAUAUUGUUCAGCCCUAGUGUAUGUGCAUGGAAAAUAGUCGUCACUUUGUUUGUCAUUUGGGAUCAUUAAGGGUGUGGAUUUAUGGAUUGUUUUAUUUCUUCUAAUGAUUCCUGUUGAUUGUGCAGCUAAGGGAACUUGCAGGUACUCACCAGCCACACAGUUUAAUGAUUGUAUUUGGCUUGUUAUUGUUUUGUACCGUGUAAAUCAAGUGCUUUUUCAACCUAAGGUCAAUGUCUGAAACACUGGAAAACUGAGGCGCCACUUUCCAGUACAAAGUCACAAACUAUAGCUUCAACACUACAUUACCAGGAAUGUAUAUGCACACCGGGACCGAUGUUUCCAUUACAGUUUACAGAGCUUUGUAUUUCUCCCGCCCCCUCAGUGUAUUUUCUUAAACAUGAACGAGAACCACAAGCAUCUACAGAACUGACUAGUUAGUACGUCUGCAUUUCUCAAAGCACAACAAAAUGGCUCUUUGUUCUCCUACUUGGCCUUGAACUUUUUUUUUGUCACAUUGAUGUGAUUACAACUGUGAAAUAUAGUUAUUUUAAGAUUCUUCUUGAAAUUAAAUUUGAACGCUUGUUCUGAAAUAAACUUCUAGUAAAUUGCU